AUGAGGUUCUCAUCCAUUCUGUCGUUUGGCGGCCUGGCCAUCCAGUCCGUCUCUGGUCUCCCCGGAACUCUCGAGAAGAGGGUCAACGUUGAUCAGUGGAUCCAGCAGGAGCUGCCCAUUGCCCGGGCCCAGCUUCUGUGCAACAUUGGCCCCAACGGCUGCAACUCUGCCGGUGUCGCCUCGGGUCUCGUUAUCGCCUCGCCCAGCAAGUCGGACCCUGACUACUUCUUCCACUGGACUCGCGAUGCUGGUCUUGUCUUCAAGGCCAUCAUUGACCUGUUCGUCGAGAACUACGAUGCGGGUCUCCAGCAGAACAUCCAGAACUUCAUUGUCGGCCAGGCCAAGCUGCAGACUGUGAACAAUCCCUCCGGCAGCUUCUCGAGCGGCGCCGGUCUUGGCGAGGCCAAGUAUCUCGCCAACGGAGCACAGUUCACCGGUGACUGGGGCCGCCCCCAGCGCGACGGCCCGGCUCUUCGCGCCAUCGCCCUGAUUAAGUACUCCAAGUGGCUCAUUGCCAACGGCUACACCUCGACCGCCAACACCGUCGUCUGGCCCAUCAUCAGGAAUGACCUGGCUUACGUCACUCAGUACUGGAACCAGACCGGUUUCGACCUGUGGGAGGAGGUUCAGGGCUCGUCCUUCUUCACCAUCGCCUCCCAGCACCGCUCCCUCGUUGAGGGUGCUGCUCUCGCCCAGCAGCUCGGCCAGACCUGCAACGGCUGCGCCGGCAUCGCUCCCCAGAUCCUCUGCUUCCAGCAGCGCUUCUGGAACCCUUCUCAGGGCUACGUCAUCUCCAACAUCAACGGUGGCAGCUACCGCAACGGCAAGGAUGCCAACUCCAUCCUCACCUCCAUCCACAACUUCGACCCUGUCCUCGGCUGCGACGCUUCCACCUUCCAGCCCUGCAGUGACCGUGCUCUGUCGAACCACAAGGUGGUGACCGACUCUUUCCGAUCCAUCUACGGCAUCAACAACGGCAAGGGCCAGGGCCAAGCCGUCGCCGUUGGCCGCUACCCCGAGGACUCGUACUAUGGCGGUCAGCCUUGGUACCUCAACACCUUCGCCGCGGCUGAGCAGCUGUACGACGCCAUUUACGUCUGGAAGCGCAGCAGCUCCAUCAGCGUCACCUCGGUCUCGCUUCCCUUCUUCCAGGCUCUGAUCCCCGGCAUCUCCACCGGCACCUACGCUUCCACCUCCUCGACCUACACUUCGAUCCUCUCCGCCGUCAAGGCCUACGCUGACGGCUACGUUGAUGUCGCCGCCACCUACAUCCCCGGCAGUGGCAACAUUGCCGAGCAGUACAACCGCAAUACGGGCCAGCCCCUCUCUGCCCGCGAUCUCACCUGGUCGUACGCCUCGUUCCUGACCGUCGCUCAGCGUCGCCGCGAGGUUGUUGGUCUCGGCUGGGCCAACUCUGCCGCCAGCGUCGUCCCCAACACCUGCUUCGCGACCUCCGUCCAGGGCUCGUACACCAGCGCCACCGCGACCAGCUUCCCGGCCAACCAGACUCCCGCCACCGGAGCCCCGACCGGCACUGCCACCACGGCUACCGCCCCGGCUGCCACCACCACGGCCGCCUGCGUCCCCCCCGUCAACGUUGACAUCACCUUCAACGCCCGCGUCGUAACCCAGUUCGGCCAGACCGUCAAGAUUGUCGGCAACAUUCCUCAGCUCGGCAACUGGAACACGGCCAACGCCAUCUCCCUGAGCGCCUCCCAGUACACCUCAUCCAACCCCGUGUGGAGCGGCACCCUGAGCCUGCCCGCUGGCCAGGCCAUCCAGUACAAGUACAUCAACGUUGCCUCCAACGGCGCCGUCACUUGGGAGAGGGACCCCAACCGCUCCUACAGCAUCCCUUCGGCCUGCGGCACCACCAGCGCCACCAGGACCGACUCCUGGCAGGCUUAA